GUAGGAGGAGGAUGAGCUUGGCCCCGCCCCCUCUGCCUCUCGCAGCUAUAAAUAGGAGCUGGUGUUUUUUGCUCCUCUCACUUCUCUUGAAGGAUGAGGUCCCUGAAACAUCUCAAACAUCACACCAGGAGUAAUGUGGAAGAGCAGGAAGUCCCUCUGGUUCGCUGCUAUUCUAAAGUGAUGGAGCAUGCGGUGGAUGUCGGCACUCAGACUGACCCAGUGGUGGUCCUGUCCCUGGCCCAAGCCGCUGUGCUUGGACUCAUAUCACAGAACGAAAUCUUUGGAGCCACAAUUGCCCCAAACGGUUUCUACACUGGAGAGGGACGCGAAGGCCCCGCUCCUCCUGCAGAAUCCAUGGAGUAUGAAUAUGCAGAUCAGCUAAUUGGAGCCAAUGGAGACUAUCUAUCUGAGCCUCACGGGGAAAACAGGAGGUCAGAAGGGCUCUACGGGGUAGAACGCAGGCGUCCAGGACCCCGCGGGAGGACCAAGAGGCCCUUAAGUGAAGGAGCACUAGAGGAAUCCACAGAGAAAUCUCUGGACACACCGAAUCAGGUGAAAGGAGAGAGGCCAGAGUUCUCUAGCCCAUGUUAUCUCUCGAAUCCCCAGCAAUCUGACAAUGAGCCAGAAGUGUUGGACCUAGCACCUCAGAGAGUGCCAAUGAAAGAAGAGCAGUGUAACAAAGGCUACCCUGAGCCCACGAGGGAGCCAGCCAUCCAACAGGUUGACUCUGACACUCAGACACAAGCUCACCAAAGCCCUGUGGGGCAUGGAAAAGUGUUGGUGCAGUCCUCUGAGGGAGGACGGGGAAAGGAGGAGGAACCAGAAGAAGAGGAAGAGGAAGUAGAGGAGAGAGCACUGAACCUGAAAACCACAGAGGAGGAUGUGAGCCCAGCAAUGAGGCGCUACUACGAAUCGAGUGUGACGGCAUAUGAAGCUGUUGAGAUGGGCCUGCCGGGAGACUACGAGGAGGGUGGCCAGGCCAUGAUGUGGACAGAGGGUGAGAACUCCUUGGGUAGACGGAUGCAGAUCGACCGACUAGACAUUAAUGUGCAAAUCGACGAAUCCUACUGUGUGGAUGUGGGAGAAGGCCUGAAACGCUGGAAGUGCCGCAUGUGCGAGAAGUCCUACACUUCGAAGUACAACUUGGUUACGCACAUCCUUGGUCACAACGGCAUCAAACCACAUGAGUGUCUGCACUGUGGAAAGCUCUUCAAACAGCCCAGCCAUCUUCAGACGCAUCUGCUAACACACCAGGGGACGCGGCCACACAAGUGCACCGUCUGCAAGAAGGCCUUUACCCAGACUAGUCACCUUAAACGACACAUGUUGCAGCAUAGCGACGUCAAGCCUUACAGCUGCCGCUUCUGCGGACGAGGAUUUGCCUACCCUAGUGAGCUACGUACUCAUGAGACCAAGCACGAGAGCGGCCACUGUCAUGUUUGCACACAGUGCGGCAUGGAGUUCCCCACUCACGCCCACCUCAAGCGCCACCAGGUCAGCCACCAGGGCCCGACGACCUUUCAGUGCACCGAAUGUCACAAGUCCUUCGCCUACCGUAGCCAGCUCCAGAACCAUCUGAUGAAGCACCAGAACGUGCGGCCCUAUGUCUGCUCGGAGUGCGGCAUGGAGUUUGUGCAGAUCCACCACCUGAAGCAACACAUGCUUACACACAAGGUACUGACACAGCAGGCCCUCGAACACAAGGGUAUGAAGGAAUACAAAUGCGACGUGUGUUCUCGCGAGUUCACUCUCUCCGCCAACCUGAAGCGGCAUAUGCUGAUUCACACAAGUGUGCGCCCUUUCCAGUGCCACGUCUGCUUCAAGACCUUUGUUCAAAAGCAGACGCUUAAAACACACAUGAUUGUCCACUUGCCUGUGAAACCUUUUAAGUGCAAGGUGUGCGGGAAGUCCUUCAACAGAAUGUAUAACCUGCUGGGUCACAUGCACCUUCAUGCCGGUAGCAAACCCUUCAAGUGUCCUUACUGCACCAGCAAGUUCAAUUUGAAGGGCAACUUGAGCCGACACAUGAAGGUGAAGCAUGGAAUCCUGGACACCUCAACUGAAGGACAAGAUGUCCUGCCUGAUGCGGAGGGUCAGGAAGAUUACGAGGAAGAAAGCUUUGAUUACAGCGAGAGGGAGAAUCUAGCCAGCAACAACGCACAAGAUUUGGCAAAACUCGCCAAAAUUAGCUACUACAACUACACUAAGGUUGCUUCUCGCUACAGCACACCUUAAAAAGCUGACUGAGACAGUAAAAUGUGGUUUACAGGGGGGGGGGGACUGUAAUGGUCAUUUCUGUAGUACUCUUGGCUCUGACGUGAGCCAGUGAGGAAAUAGCCAUCAUGAAGUGGAUGUGCACUGGAAGCCAUUUUGGCUCUGUGAAACAAAAGUGAUAGCAGACUAAAGCUUCACUUUAACAACGUCAUUUCACAUUAAGAACCAUCUUGAAGAAUAAAGGACUUUGUGUAGGUGCUAUUCUUUCUGAAACAAAUGUUCCACUUUUGCCCAUUACAGUGCAGUUCUUAAAAAGGUUAUCAUUUAUAAGUCGGAUUCAGUGGUGCAGUGAAACAAUAUGCACCUGUAUAAGAAGGCACUUAAUCUAUACAGACAAUCCCCAUCUUUUUAAAACACAGACAUGACUGCCACAAGGCAUGGGAUCGUUCACCCAAAGAAAUAUAUAUAUAUAUAUAUAUAUAUAUAUAUAUAUAUAUAUAUAUAUAAUUUAAUCAUAAAUAAUCAUUUACCAACCUUCAUGAUGAUAAUUUUAGAUGGCUAUCACCAGCAACUGUUUGGUUACCAACAUUAUUCAACAUAUCUUUUGUGUUCGACUGAAUAAAGACAUUUAUACAGGAACAACAUGAGGGUGAGUAAAUGUUGGCUAAAUUUUCCUUUUCAGGUGAACUAUCCCUUCCAUCAUGCUGUUGGUUUUACCGUCUAGCCAUUUAGAGACCACUUUAUGGGACUUAACCAAAGCUAACAAAGUGCAAAUAGUUCUCAUCACAAGUUAACUUUCCCAGCAUUUAGUUUUUGAGCAUACUGUGACUUUAUUUUUUGUUUUUAAAUCAAGAUUCCCUUUUCAGCAGUUUGUGGUUUUUGAUGAGCAUAUGCAGUUUGUAGCUCACAGUGGAUUGAGUUUGUGGGACAGUUUUUCCAGUGCCUGUUUUUUUUUUUUUUUUUUUUUCUUUCUUUCUGGAAAUAAUGAUGGGCCAGACCGUGGCAUUUGAUCACUGUAUAGCCUUCUGGAUAUUUUUUUUUUUUUUUUUUUUUGGUUUUGUUUUUACAUUGCAAAUAGUAUUUAUUGUUCAAUGUUCUUGGCAUUCAUAAGUGUAAAUACAUUGCCAGUGUUCCAGAUGGACGUUUUUUAUUUCGAGUUAAAAAUAUACAAGCUAAAACAUGGGUAAAUAAUGCAAUUAUUCUCAAAUUGAACUAAACCCAAGUACACUGUUUGGUCCAUCAUCUUUAAAAUACAGGAAUAUUUUUGUUCCAUCUUUAGUUUGCUGAAUGUAAUAAUACAAACUAAGAUUAGUCCCUUUAAAGCGUUCAAUAUUUCACAAAGCCAUGUGUCAGCCAAAAACUGUUAAAUAUUUCAUCUUCGUAAAUCUCUGAAAUGUCUUAUUAGUUUGCAGUCUGUUCUUCUGUGUACUAUGUACUAGCUAACUCUGUGGGCUAAAUUCAUUUCUUUUUUAAAAUGUGAUAAUCUUCUAGCAUUUUUAUUUUUUCUUUUGACGUGGCUUAAAUGACCUUAUUCCAAACCUCAUGCAGUUUAAUCUCCUUGGACAUAAAACCUUGUAACGUGCACUGCAUCUUUCACAAAGUCACCAAUACUGGUUGAAUUUUGACGAGGAUGCCCUAAAAACACUGGACAAAAAUAUUAACUGCCCUUGUGUGUGCAAGAGAGUGUCUCAUCCAUCAUUCCGCGCAGAGCUCAGGAGUGAUGAACGACAGUCUGCAGACAUGUGACAGGGCUCGAGACCCAGCAGAGAAUGAUUGGGGAAAUUCACCAUGUAUUCUCCAUCUAGCUAGGCAACUCAAAAUGUUAAUGUGUAACACAAGAUUUGGUGCAUUUUUAUCGUUUUAAAUGGUUGUGUCCUUGCAUUUUGGGCUGUUCGCUCUAAGCUAGGCAGGAGUUUUAGUUUUGUAUAAGCUUUCGAUUCUUUUGUUGCACACUGAUGUGAAUAUGAUGUUGAUAAAUGUUAAACGUUGUGCUAUGGACAUUAUUAUAAAUUAAUACAUUUAUUUACCUUUAA